AUGUCUUGUACAGACAUUGCUCCGAGUAGUGGAUCAGCUGGGUAUGUUGUGUUCAGUAGUGGAUCAGCUGGGUAUGUUGUGUUCAGUAGUGGAUCAGCUGGGUAUGUUGUGUUCAGUAGUGGAUCAGCUGGGUAUGUUGUGUUCAGUAGUGGAUCAGCUGGGUAUGUUGUGUUCAGUAGUGGAUCAGCUGGGUAUGUUGUGUUCAGUAGUGGAUCAGCUGGGUAUGUUGUGUUUAGUAGUGGAUCAGCUGGGUAUGUUGUGUUUAGUAGUGGAUCAGCUGGGUAUGUUGUGUUCAGUAGUGGAUCAGCUGGGUAUGUUGUGUUUAGUAGUGGAUCAGCUGGGUAUGUUGUGUUUAGUAGUGGAUCAGCUGGGUAUGUUGUGUUCAGUAGUGAAUCAGCUGGGUAUGUUGUGUUUAGUAGUGGAUCAGCUGGGUAUGUUGUGUUCAGUAGUGGAUCAGCUGGGUAUGUUGUGUUUAGUAGUGGAUCAGCUGGGUAUGUUGUGUUCAGUAGUGGAUCAGCUGGGUAUGUUGUGUUUAGUAGUGGAUCAGCUGGGUAUGUUGUGUUUAGUAGUGGAUCAGCUGGGUAUGUUGUGUUUAGUAGUGGAUCAGCUGGGUAUGUUGUGUUCAGUAGUGGAUCAGCUGGGUAUGUUGUGUUUAGUAGUGGAUCAGCUGGGUAUGUUGUGUUCAGUAGUGGAUCAGCUGGGUAUGUUGUGUUUAGUAGUGGAUCAGCUGGGUAUGUUGUGUUUAGUAGUGGAUCAGCUGGGUAUGUUGUGUUCAGUAGUGGAUCAGCUGGGUAUGUUGUGUUUAGUAGUGGAUCAGCUGGGUAUGUUGUGUUCAGUAGUGGAUCAGCUGGGUAUGUUGUGUUUAGUAGUGGAUCAGCUGGGUAUGUUGUGUUUAGUAGUGGAUCAGCUGGGUAUGUUGUGUUCAGUAGUGAAUCAGCUGGGUAUGUUGUGUUUAGUAGUGGAUCAGCUGGGUAUGUUGUGUUCAGUAGUGGAUCAGCUGGGUAUGUUGUGUUUAGUAGUGGAUCAGCUGGGUAUGUUGUGUUUAGUAGUGGAUCAGCUGGGUAUGUUGUGUUCAGUAGUGGAUCAGCUGGGUAUGUUGUGUUUAGUAGUGGAUCAGCUGGGUAUGUUGUGUUCAGUAGUGGAUCAGCUGGGUAUGUUGUGUUUAGUAGUGGAUCAGCUGGGUAUGUUGUGUUUAGUAGUGGAUCAGCUGGGUAUGUUGUGUUCAGUAGUGAAUCAACUGGGUAUGUUGUGUUUAGUAGUGGAUCAGCUGGGUAUGUUGUGUUCAGUAGUGGAUCAGCUGGGUAUGUUGUGUUUAGUAGUGGAUCAGCUGGGUAUGUUGUGUUCAGUAGUGAAUCAGCUGGGUAUGUUGUGUUUAGUAGUGGAUCAGCUGGGUAUGUUGUGUUCAGUAGUGAAUCAGCUGGGUAUGUUGUGUUUAGUAGUGGAUCAGCUGGGUAUGUUGUGUUCAGUAGUGAAUCAGCUGGGUAUGUUGUGUUUAGUAGUGGAUCAGCUGGGUAUGUUGUGUUCAGUAGUGGAUCAGCUGGGUAUGUUGUGUUCAGUAGUGGAUCAGCUGGGUAUGUUGUGUUUAGUAGUGGAUCAGCUGGGUAUGUUGUGUUCAGUAGUGGAUCAGCUGGGUAUGUUGUGUUUAGUAGUGGAUCAGCUGGGUAUGUUGUGUUCAGUAGUGGAUCAGCUGGGUAUGUUGUGUUUAGUAGUGGAUCAGCUGGGUAUGUUGUGUUUAGUAGUGGAUCAGCUGGGUAUGUUGUGUUCAGUAGUGAAUCAGCUGGGUAUGUUGUGUUUAGUAGUGGAUCAGCUGGGUAUGUUGUGUUCAGUAGUGGAUCAGCUGGGUAUGUUGUGUUUAGUAGUGGAUCAGCUGGGUAUGUUGUGUUCAGUAGUGAAUCAGCUGGGUAUGUUGUGUUUAGUAGUGGAUCAGCUGGGUAUGUUGUGUUCAGUAGUGGAUCAGCUGGGUAUGUUGUGUUUAGUAGUGGAUCAGCCGGGUAUGUUGUGUUUAGCAGUGGAUCCGCCGGGUAUGUUAAGUUCAGUAGUGGAUCAGCUGG